GUUCUUGUUUCGUCUCAAGUCUCCACCCUCUCACGGAUUGGGUUUUGGCGGCCCGAUGAAGCGAGGAGUCGGCGAUGAAAGUGAAGAGGUUGGUGUGGUGGGUCCCAUUCACCAACCCACACUAACCCCCGCCCGAGCCCCACACCAGAUGUCCCCAUCUGGCAUGCUUGUAGUUGUAGGUAGUGGUACUGGAACGAUGGCGACACGAAGGAGUACAGUAAACCAAUCAAAUGCCUACAAAAACUCAAUCGCAGCUCAUUACAUUUUCGCCCCUUCCAAAUCUCAAACUCCCAAUCUUAGCUUAGAGCUUAAUUUGUUGUGUGUCGGUGCCGCUCCUGAAAUCUCAGAUCCGGGAAACACUAUGAAGGUGAUAGACAAGAUAAGAGCUCAAGCCGACCACCAAAACAAGGUCGUCUUCUCCUUCGAAUUCUUUCCCCCCAAGACUGAGGAUGGAGUCGAUAACCUCUUCGAGAGGAUGGACCGGAUGGUGGCGCACAAUCCUACAUUCUGUGACAUCACCUGGGGCGCUGGUGGCUCCACCGCCGAUCUCACCCUCGAUAUUGCUAACAAGAUGCAGAACAUCAUCUGCGUCGAGAGCAUGAUGCAUCUCACCUGUACCAACAUGCCUGUUGAGAAGAUUGACCACGCGCUUGCGACUAUCAAGUCUAAUGGUAUCCAGAACGUUCUCGCGCUCCGUGGAGAUCCGCCUCACGGUCAGGAUAAGUUCGUUCAGGUUCAAGAUGGAUUCGCCUGUGCUCUCGAUCUGGUGAAACACAUCAGGAGCAAAUAUGGUGAUUACUUUGGUAUUACUGUUGCUGGUUAUCCAGAGGCGCAUCCGGACGUCAUUGAGAGCAAUGGCGUCGCUUCGCCAGAAGGUUAUCAGAAGGACCUUGAAUACUUGAAGCAAAAGGUGGAUGCUGGAGCAGAUUUGAUUAUCACUCAAUUGUUCUAUGACACUGAUAUCUUCCUUAAGUUUGUCAAUGACUGCCGCCAAAUUGGAAUUAAAUGUCCUAUUGUUCCUGGGAUUAUGCCCAUUAAUAACUACAAGGGUUUCUUGCGUAUGACUGGCUUUUGCAAAACUAAGAUACCAGCUGAGCUUACUACUGCCUUGGAGGCUAUCAAAGAUAACGAAGAAGCUGUCAAAUCGUAUGGGAUUCACCUUGGAACAGAGAUGUGUAAGAAGAUUUUAGCUCAUGGGAUUAAGACUUUGCAUCUAUAUACGCUAAACAUGGAGAAGUCAGCACUAGCUAUAUUAACGAACCUUGGUUUGAUUGAAGAAUCAAAAAUUUCAAGGUCUUUGCCUUGGAGGCGCCCAACUAAUGUUUUCCGCGUUAAAGAAGAUGUUCGUCCAAUAUUUUGGGCUAAUCGUCCAAAGAGCUAUAUAACAAGAACUAUAGGCUGGGAACAAUAUCCUCGUGGGCGAUGGGGUGAUUCUCACAAUGCAUCAUAUGGGGCACUGUCUGACCAUCAGUUCCUGCGGCCACGUGCUCGUGACAAGAAACUUCAUGAAGAAUGGGCUACUCCCCUGAAAAGGAUUGAGGAUAUCCAAGAGAAAUUCAAGCAAUUUUGUCUUGGGAAAUUGAGAAGUAGUCCUUGGUCAGAAUUAGAUGGGCUUCAGCCAGAGACAAAGAUCAUCAAUGAACCCCUGGGAAAGAUCAACUUGAAGGGCUUCCUCACUAUCAACAGCCAACCAGCAGUCAAUGGAGAAAGAUCUGAUUCGCCAUCUGUCGGUUGGGGAGGACCUGGAGGCUAUGUCUACCAGAAGGCUUAUCUUGAAUUUUUCUGCUCAAUGGAAAAGUUAAACGCACUUAUUGAGAAUAGCAGUUCUUUCACAUCUCUAACCUAUAUUGCUGUCAACAAAGGAGGGGCUUUGCUAUCAAACAUUGGCCUUGGUAACGUGAAUGCAGUAACUUGGGGAGUCUUCCCAGCGAAGGAGAUCAUCCAACCAACUGUAGUGGAUCCUAGCAGCUUCAUGGUGUGGAAGGAUGAAGCAUUUGAAAUCUGGUCAAGGUCAUGGGCCAACUUAUAUCCAGAGGAUGACUCAUCUAAGAAAUUGCUUGAAGAGGUGCAGAGCAGCUACUAUUUGGUCAGCUUGGUGGACAACGAUUAUGUCAAUGGUGACAUCUUUGCCAUUUUUGCUGACCUCUAAUUGUAUUAAAGCCUACCGAAAGCUGCCUUUCUCAUUAUGAUUUGUGGUUGCUAUCAUAUAUGUCUUAAUUUGAAUUAUAUUUUUCUGUAACAAUAACUCAUUGGGAUUUUGACGUCUCCCCUUAUUCAUAAGUGCAAAUCACAGUUAGAGUGGUGUUCAUCUUAAUGCAAUGCUGCUUUGGCAUGCACUUGCAGUAGUGGCUGCAAUGGUAGGGUGCAUUUUAAACCAUAGGUAUCACUGUGGUUCAAAUGCUUGUGAUGUAAUCUUCCUUCCAUUUUCUCAAUGUUCAAAAAAAAAGUAAAAAGCUGCUUUGGCA